AUGUGUAUUAUGAAAUAUUUAAAAACAUUUUUAUUUGUUUUCAUUGUGUUGGUUAGUUUUUUUACAUUAUCAGCACAAGCAACAAUAACAACAGGCACACAAACAACACUUUAUGUAAAUUCGCAAUCAACCAACACUAGUAUCAACUGUGGUGCAGAUAAUAGUAAUGUAAAUAACACAUGUCCAGAUAUUGCAAGUGCUAUCGCAUCUUUCAACAAUGUGACGGUUGGUGGAGGCCAUCAAUUGACCAUAUUCAUGUCAGAGGGUACUUACACUGGUAACGCCAAUUCAAACAUUCAACUUUACAAUCAAACACUCAAUAUUGUCGCUAAUAAUGGAUCGGUCGUCAUUGAUAUGACCGGUGUCUUUGUACCAUACUUUGUACAAAUUCUAUUGCCAGUUAAUGGUGGUCCCAUCACUUCUGCCGAUCAAACCAUUCUGGCCGUCAUCAAUGUUACCUUUGUCAAUCUAGCAGUCACUGGUGAUCUAUCGGGUGGUAUCGUCUACUCUAGCAUCAAUUCAAAGUCAUCCAUCAGUUUCUUGUCAUGUACAUUUGCCAAUAUUACCACGUUUGACGGUUCCAUUCUAUCGGUCAGUACUCAAAACAACCUCCCAUUCGAAUCACAAGUUGUUUUCCAACAAUCCAACUUUUACAAUAUUACAACGGCCAACUCCUUGAUUAAAAUGACUGGUAACAUUUUAUUUGUUACUAUUACCGACAAUACAUUUAAUCAAAACCAAGCACAAUUCCUCAUUCAAUCCAGCUUGGUCAACAACAUCUACCUUGGAAAGAACCAAUUCACCAAUAAUACACUUGCAUCCAAAGGUUCACUCAUUCUCAUAUUCAAUUCACUCGCCAGCAGUAUAUUGUCGGAAUGUGUAUUUACAAAUAAUCAAGCCGUUGGUAAUGGAUCUUUGAUCAGUGCUUUUGAAAGUACAAACGUUGUCUUUGUUGAAUCAUCUGUCACUUCUAAUCUCAAUACUAGUGCAUUUACAUUGACCAAUUCAGACAUUCAAGUUUUGGAUUCCAAUUUCACUAGUAACACUGCUCCAUAUAAUGGUCAAAUCGUUGCAACAAACUCUCGAGUUGGUCUAUAUAAUAGUAGUUUUAUUAGUAAUUCUGCUGUGCAAGGAGGUGUUGUCAGUGCUCUUUCAACUUCUAUCGUUACAAUCUCUGGUUGUGAUUUUAGUGGUAAUUCCGCAUCUCAAGAAGGUGGUGCUAUCUAUUCAUCCAAUUCCUAUAUUGGUGCAUUCAAUGGUUCACAAUUUAUUGGUAAUGCUGCUCGAAAUGGUAGUAUCUUAUAUGUUACUGGUAGUUCAACAAUUAAUCUAAAUUAUAUUACCGUUUCAAAUAUUAUUACUUCAAUUCAAUGUCAAAAUAGUUCAACCAUUACAAUUAAAGAUGUAGAUAUUGUUCAUAUUUUUACUAAAAAUGAAACAGUGGUACCAUUUAUUUCUUGUCUAAGUGGAGCAGAGUGUACCAUUAAUGGAGGAAUGGGUGAUGAUUUAUGUGUAGCACCAUCUAAACCAAAGAGUGGUUUAACCAGUGGCCAAAAAGCAGGUAUUGCAAUCGGUGUUGUACUUGGUGUUGCCAUUUUAGUAAUCAUUAUCUACGUCCUCUACAAGAGACAUCAUAAUCAUCACAAAUAUCAUCAUCAUCAUCAUCCAAGUCAAAAUAAGAAUAAUCAUUAUGGUUCUUUUUAA